CGGGCCGCAUGCCGCAUGCCGGGAGUGGUGGUCUCCAGCCCGCCGGGUCCCCGGGCCUCCGUGCGCCGCUGCGGCCCCUUUUCCCGCGUUCUCCCUGGUCGGGCCUGUAUCCUGCUCCGGCCAUUGCCUCUCGUAGUCGGUGCCGUCUCCGAGGGGAACAAAGCUGCCCGCGUGCGCGGCGGCCGUCCCUCGUGCUCUGGGGCUUGCGCGACCCCGGGGGCUCGGCAGACUGGCUCAGCAGGGAGGGGUGGGCACUGCACCAUUCCUGAUGCCUCCCGGGAGGAGGGAACCAACCCUGUGGCCCCAGCGCCGUCGGGCCUGGGUUUCAUGGGGGUCCCUUUGGUCUCCGUGGAAAAAGUCACACGGGUUCAUUUCUGCCCCUCGAACAGGCUUGUGUCUGGAGCUGGAGACAUCAAGCUCACUAAAGAUGGCAAUGUGCUGCUGCAUGAAAUGCAAAUUCAACACCCAACAGCCUCCUUAAUAGCCAAAGUAGCGACAGCCCAGGAUGACAUAACGGGUGACGGUACCACGUCCAAUGUCCUAAUCAUUGGAGAACUGCUGAAACAGGCGGAUCUCUACAUUUCUGAAGGUCUUCAUCCCAGAAUAGUAACAGAAGGAUUUGAAGCUGCAAAGGAAAAGGCACUUCAGUUUUUGGAACAAGUCAAAGUAAGCAAAGAGAUGGACAGGGAAACACUCAUAGAUGUGGCCAGAACAUCUCUGCGUACUAAAGUUCAUGCGGAACUUGCUGAUGUCUUAACAGAGGCUGUAGUUGAUUCCAUUUUGGCCAUUAAAAAACAAGAUGAACCUAUUGACCUCUUCAUGGUUGAGAUCAUGGAGAUGAAACAUAAAUCUGAAACCGAUACAAGCUUAAUCAGAGGUCUUGUUUUGGACCAUGGGGCACGGCAUCCUGAUAUGAAAAAAAGAGUAGAAGAUGCAUACAUCCUUACAUGCAAUGUGUCCUUAGAAUAUGAAAAAACAGAAGUGAAUUCUGGCUUUUUUUACAAGAGUGCAGAAGAGAGAGAGAAACUAGUAAGAGCUGAAAGAAAAUUCAUUGAAGAUAGAGUUAAAAAAAUAAUAGACCUGAAAAAGAAAGUCUGUGGUGACUCAAAUAAAGGAUUUGUUGUUAUUAAUCAAAAGGGAAUUGACCCAUUUUCCUUAGAUGCCCUUGCAAAAGAAGGCAUAGUAGCUCUGCGCAGAGCGAAAAAAAGAAAUAUGGAAAGGCUGACUCUUGCUUGUGGUGGAGAAGCUCUAAAUUCUUUUGAUGACCUAAAUCCUGAUUGUUUGGGACAUGCAGGACUUGUCUAUGAGUAUACAUUGGGAGAAGAGAAGUUCACCUUUGUUGAGAAAUGUAACAAUCCUCGCUCUGUUACAUUAUUGGUCAAAGGACCAAAUAAGCACACACUCACUCAAAUCAAAGAUGCAAUAAGAGAUGGCUUGAGGGCUGUUAAAAAUGCUAUUGAUGAUGGCUGUGUAGUUCCAGGUGGUGGUGCAGUGGAAGUGGCAAUGUCACACGCACUGGUGAAAUACAAGCCCAGCGUAAAGGGCAGGGCCCAGCUUGGAGUUCAAGCGUUUGCUGAUGCAUUGCUCAUUAUUCCCAAGGUUCUUGCUCAGAAUUCUGGUUUUGAUCUUCAGGAAACACUAGUUAAAGUUCAAGCAGAACAUUCGGAAUCAGGUCAACUUGUGGGUGUGGACUUGAACACAGGUGAGCCAAUGGUAGCAGCAGAAGUAGGCGUAUGGGAUAACUAUUGUGUAAAGAAACAGCUUCUUCACUCCUGCACUGUGAUUGCCACCAACAUACUCCUGGUCGAUGAGAUCAUGCGAGCUGGAAUGUCUUCUCUAAAAGGUUGAAUUGAAGCUUCCCCUGUACUACCUGAAUCAUGAAGACUCUACAGAGUGAUCCUAAGAAUACAGCUAUGGAAUUUUUGUCCUGGCUUCAAAUGAUUUUUAAAGGAAUUUUCUUUUCCCAUCUGAAGAAAGGAGAGAGCAAUGGCAACUACCUAUUAAAAUUCCAAAGUCUGAAAUUAUAAUUACACUAUUUUUUUUUUAAUUGUACUCAGUGUAUGCACAACUAGCAGGCUGUUUUCACCCAAUAUGCACAGAAUAUUUUGCUUUCAUUUCUGUGAUAUUAAAAAAACACAUUAGAAAAGCAUAUGGUAUCUAUCUUAUUAAAUAUUCCUUGAAAAACAAAUUUUAAUGGUUUAAUAAUUUCUUCUAAUGAUGUAUUUUAAUUUAUCCAAUAGUUCCCUAUUGAGCAUUUAUUAAAAAUUUUAUGCUAAUAUAAAUAACACUUAAGUAACAAGGUUUUGAAAGCAUCCCUGUUUCUUUAGUAUCAAUUGCUGUGAGUAAAAUGAUUGGAUCUUUUAGUGGGACAUUUCAUGCUUUGAAGUAGCUUUGCUAAAAUGCUCCCCAGGAAAGUUAAGUGGGAAUGGGUAGAAAGAUGGGUGAACUAGAGGCAAGGGAGUUGAAAGAGCUGCACAUUUAUAAAAUGCAAAAAUUAAAAUAGAGGAGACAGAGGUUUGAAGAGGCUUGAAGGCAUGGUGACAGGCCUAGUUGAGAAGAGAUUUUCAGGUAGACCAUACUGUAUUUUCACACCCUGGACCUUUACUUAUGCUGAAAUACCCAUCCCAAAACCUCCAGUGUCCUUCCACCCCCCCCUCAAAUUAUUUGACCGUGUUUCCAAAAAAUCAUUUUUAUACAGGUCAGGUGGUGUAAAUGAACAGUCUUUGAAGGUGAAAUUGUGUUGCUAAGUUUUGUAUUUUGAGGACUUGGCUACAGUAAGUGUGCAAUAAAUGUUUAACUUGAAA